UUCAGCCAAGCUGUGCUCAGCCUCACAGGAAUACCAGCGCAGGGUGUCGGUGGGAUCAGAUUCUGUCACUGAAAACAAGUCGGAACAGUUUAGAUCUCGUCAGGUUGUUUAAACAGAGACUACACCGUCACAUAGGGGCAGCUCUGUGCAUUUCUAUGCUGUCGUAGAAUGUAGCGACCACUAACCAGUUAAAGUCCUUUUAGCAUUUGUAUGACAGGAACGCUCAUGUAGUCCUAAACAAGAGAAUCUUAAAAUCGUUUUAACUAUAACAAGAUGCAGCCUUAAACUUAGGGACCCGUAGCCUUUAGCCUACAGUUUCUCAGUCCUUCAGUUCCUUUGGAGAUGGACAACAACACUCCCUAGUCGACGGGACGAGAUGGGGAAAUGGGAGUUAACAAUGAACCCAGUGCAGGAAUGGGGUGAGGAAUAUGAGGACGGCGCAGUUUAUGGGGUCACUCUGCGUCGGGAGCCAGUCAGUUCCUCCCCCAGUCCUGGUGAGACGAGUCCAGGCUGUGCUUUCGUCCAGUACCGAACCUGCAAAGUACGACGCCUGAAGGCUGCUACCCUGGCCAUACUUGUGAACCACCUACUUGAUCCUGCAUGCCAGGAGCAAGACUAUGGCAGGAUCUUGCUCUCCACAUACAGAACCUUCAGUGGAACCUCAAAGCUCAUUGAGAUGCUCUUCCAGAGGGAUAGUGCUGCCUCUGAUCUCGACAACAGUGAGUGCUACAGAAGCCCUCUGUUGGCCUUUGUCCAGACAUGGUUGGAUGAGUACAGUGAGGACUUCAGGGACCCUCCCCUGCAUGCAGCGCUCAGGCUACUGUUGGAUCACCUUAGGAUCAGCUCUGCUGUUCAUGACAACAUUCACUGCCAGCCCAACUUUUGCUCUUUGGCUGGGCAAGCUGAAGCCCUGCUCAAGAAGUUUCAGAAUGAAGAAGCUGGGUCAAAUAUCAGUCCUGCCAGGGCUGAUCUUUAUCAUGAAGAGGAGGGUUCUGGUGAUGAGGAUUCAGGAUGUGAUAACUCUCUGGAUCAAGGAGGCAUCAUGGAUUUCUCCAUUGUUGCCAUUGCUGAACAGCUCACCCGAAUGGACUCUGCUCUCUUUGCCAAAGUGGUGCCAUACCAGUGUUUAGGCUGCGUUUGGUCACAAAGGGACAAAAAGGAAAACAUGUCAUCCACUAUCCGAGCCACCAUUGCGCAGUUCAAUGCCAUUACCAACCACGUCAUAAUGUCCUUGCUCAGUCAGCCGACUGAUCCCACUUUCAGUCCUCCUUCUUCUCGCCAGACCCCCUCUACACCAGCUCAGCGGGCCCGCAUCAUAGAGAGGUGGAUCAGAGUAGCACAGGAAUGUCGUCGGCUGAAGAACUUCUCCUCUCUCAAGGCGAUCCUGUCGGCCCUUCAGUCUAAUGCAGUUUACAGACUGAAGAAGACCUGGGCUGCUGUUAGCAGGGAUAGUUUGGCCACUUUUGAUAUCCUCUUGGAAACCUUCCCUGAUGAGAACUGUGUCCUCACCAACAGAGAGCUCCUGGUGGAGGACAGAGGCCAAGGAACCACGGAUAACAUUUCUCCAAAGAUAUCUAAGCGGAGUCCAGUCCCCAGACAGAUGAGUACCUCCAGUGGAGUGGUACCUUACCUUGGCACAUAUCUGACCGUUCUGACCAUGCUGGACACUGCUCUGCCGGAUACAGUGGAGGGUGGGCUUAUAAACUUUGAGAAGAGGAGGAGGGAGUUUGAGGUUCUGUCACAGAUCCGUGUGCUGCAGGCUUCCUGCUCCCAGUAUAAUCUACCCAAUCAUCCCAGAAUUGCUGCCUGGCUGCAGGGUCACAAGCUGCUCACUGACCAGGAGAGCUAUGAACUUUCAAAGCAGUUAGAGCCUCCGGUGGAUUCAUGCUCACCUACUCAAUGGAGUCAUCGCACUCUCACCAAGAAGCUCUCUUCUCUCCUGACGGUGAAUGAUGGAUCUAAAAAAGUCCCUGCUGAUCAGAUCAGUGUUUCAUCUUCUGGAUCCAGUGCAUCUGAGUUGGAAGAUCUCUCCUCACCAAACUCAGCCUGUUCUAUCAGACUGCAGUCCUUUCACAACUCUUGCAACAACGUGGCAUCAGAGGCCUUCUCUUCCUCCUCGACCUCCUCCUCUUCCUCCUUUUCCUCCCAGUUCUCAUCCAUGGCUUCCUCUGCAGACUCCCCAACUCCCUCUUUUGACUGCCAGACAGACCACUGCCCUCCAGCAGCAUCCUGUGGCGGUACUCGGCCAAAGCUAGCUUCAGCCUCCUGCCACAAACGCUCUGUGUCCAUGACAUCGCUGCCGGUGUACAAUCGUCAGGUGGCUGACUCCUGUAUAGUCCGGGUCAGUGUGGAUCUGGGCCACAACAAUGGCAAUAUGUACAAAAGUAUUUUGUUGACCAGCCAGGACAAAACUGCACAGGUGAUUCAAAGGGCACUGGAGAAACAUCAUCUUGAGCACAUGAACUGGUGCGACUUCACACUGUCACAGGUCAUCACACAGGACAGAGAGUUGCUCAUACCAGACAAAGCAAACGUCUUCUACGCCAUGUCCACAGCAGCCAACUUUGACUUUGUUUUGCGCCAGAUCCAAAAAUGCCAGAAGAAACCAUUGAGGGCAACUGUCAGUCUUGGACGAUACUCAAAGUAGAACCUCACGUAUGCAGAUUCUGCUCCUUAAAGAUGAUAUUCAAGGGAAACUUUUUCUAAAAUUCUCUAGUUGUAAGAUCACUGUGACAUACAUGUGACAUUUCUAUAAUAACUGGCAAGAUCAUGCCAAGCACUUUAAGAGGAAAGCUCAGUUUAAAGAACACUGAUGAGACUUUUAUCUAACAUCUGGAUCAAUAAUGCGUCCAUCUUCUGUUGAAAACACUUGCUAUGAAUCCUUAAAAAGGACUUAUGUUUGUUGAUAAUUCUCACAUGGUUUUAGCAUGCCAAUCAAUGUGAAAAUACGUGAUGACUGUUCCCAGAGAGCAACAUGUGCCUACAUCUGUUUAUUCAUGGACACUGAAAUGUCUGGCCAUUUCUUAACACAACUGGCAGGAACCAAUGGUCUAUGUGAUAAAAAGGCAAUGGGGUCAGACGCUGUGUGAAGGACAUUCAGUCAUCAAUGAACUCCGAGGACCUCACGGCAGGUUGUCACCUUCUCCAGACAAGAUAGAUGGGUGUGUUCUUGCAUUGAUGUUCCAUCAGAGAUGUGGGUGGAGACUUUUUCACCAGAGAUCACAGUGUUCCCAGUGAGUUUCAGCACACAUUUGCACUGACGUUCAUUGUGGGCAGCUGGCAGCCCCAACUGGAAGGAUGGCAUUCCUGAGCCUGCGUAACCAUAGUGGCAGCAGACACAGCGAUGGAUGAGACAGGAUGCACACAUGCAACUUACUACUGUAUCUUGAUCAUAAAGGGCACUGUUUGUACUCUAGAUGUUCAUCUUAUGACAUAUGGAGUCUUAUGUUUAGAGAUUUAGGGUUUAUUUAUUUAUUUUCACCGCAGCUUCACAUUGUUCCACUUUGACCUGACUGUUGAUUGCAUCCUUUUUUCACUGUAAUAUUUUGAUGACACUGUGGUUUUAACUUCUCUCAUUUGAUUUAAGUAUGAAUUGGUUUAGCUAGCUCAAAUGUCUAUUUUUCUUGUUAAUGAUGACAAUAUUUAAUAAUUUGCCAACAUUUUUAUUGUACUUAAAUUGUAUUGAACUAAGAUAGUUCAGACUUGUGAAAGGCUGGUAUUUAAAUAGCUUGAUUAUGAGCCAAUGGAGAAGUUGAGAAAUAGCAUUUCAAUGAUGUUAAUUGAUGCCAAGCAUCAAAGGACAUGGUUGAUAAUGAUCAUAUUGUCUCACAGAAAACUCUCCUGGCUGUAUUUGAAAAUAGAAGGAGUUGCACAUUGAUUUUGCACACUUUGAAAUUGCAUGUUAACUCUUAAAAAUAAAACUCUGCUUUGCCCUCCUUUUCCCUGGUGUACUAAUGAAAAUGAAGUCACAGCUGUAAAACAGAAAAAGUUGAAAGUAAAUCAAGGUUUUGAUAUCGAUUUCCAUGCUGUAUAGAUUAUUUCCUAAUAAAUACUCAUUCAGUCCUGUU